AAAAUUGUUUAAAUUAAAUUUAAUGAAUUUUAUUAUCAUCUUUAGUGAAAAAGGUAAUAACUUGGAAUGGUUGGAAUCAAAUAAAAUUCCUUUUAAGUUAAUUCAUACUUUAAGAAAAGAAUGUCCAACUUUUGGGAGCAUGCAAGAAAUGAUGAAUCAUGUCGAAAACGUGUGUCCAUAUUGGAAAGUAAAAUGUAUGGAUUUACCUUUUGUCAAUUAUUUACCUCGUUGGCGGUAUACACCGGCUCAUAUGAUGAUUAGAAAUUCUCACAAAGAUGAUAAAUGUUUAGAAAUUUCUCGUCGAGAAUUCAUUUCUCAUUCUACAGAAACGGCGCUUGAUCCGAUAAGUCAAAAAAUUCGAGCUAUUCCAAUGAUUUUUCCUUAUUAUUGUAAAAUUUGCAAUCAAUAUCUCCCAUCUUCAGGUACUCAUAUAUGUAUUAAAGAGAUAAAUUCUAAUGACAAACAAAUUUAUAGUUCAGAAAUAUUAUGUCCCGGAUGUAAAUUAACAAUUAGAGUAAAAUCUGAAAAAGAAAUUGAAAAUACAUGUGAAAGUUGUCGUAACAAUAAAAUAGGUGUACUUAUUAUUCCCCCCGAACAUCAAGAAAAGGAAAUUAUCAAAUGGAAAAGUGAAAUAAAGGAAAGAAGAGUAAAAUGGUCAGUAAUUAAGACACUGUUCUCUCAUAAAAAUACUAUAUAAAGGCUAUUAAUAAACAAUGUAGAUCGGUUUAUAUUUAUUUGUUCCAAUUAAUAAUUAAUUACAUUUCCUAUAUUGG